GCCGCGGAGCUGGAGCUGGAGCCGGAGCCGGAGCCGGGGCCGGGGCGGGAGUCGGGGCCGGGGCCGGGCCGGAGCGGGCUCCAGCGAUAUGGGGUCGGCCGAUUCUAAGCUGAAUUUCCGAAAGGCGGUGAUCCAGCUCACCACCAAGACGCAGCCUGUGGAAGCCACCGAUGAUGCCUUCUGGGACCAGUUCUGGGCAGACACGGCCACCUCGGUGCAGGACGUCUUUGCGCUGGUGCCAGCGGCAGAGAUCCGCGCUGUGCGGGAGGAGUCACCCUCCAACCUGGCCACUCUGUGCUACAAGGCUGUGGAGAAGCUGGUGCAGGGAGCUGAGAGCGGCUGCCAUUCGGAAAAGGAGAAGCAGAUUGUCCUGAACUGCAGCCGGCUUCUCACCCGUGUGCUGCCCUACAUCUUCGAGGACCCCGACUGGAGGGGUUUCUUCUGGUCCACAGUGCCCGGGGCAGGGCGAGGAGGGGGAGAGGAUGACGACGAGAACGCCCGGCCCCUGGCCGAGUCCUUGCUCCUGGCCAUCGCCGACCUCCUCUUCUGCCCAGACUUCACUGUCCAGAGCCACCGGAGGAGCACUGUGGACUCAGCAGAGGAUGUGCACUCCCUGGACAGUUGUGAAUACAUCUGGGAGGCUGGCGUGGGCUUUGCUCACUCCCCCCAGCCCAACUACAUCCAUGAUGUGAACCGGAUGGAGCUGUUGAAACUGCUGUUGACGUGCUUCUCUGAGGCCAUGUACCUGCCCCCGGCUCCAGACAGUGGCAGUACCAACCCGUGGGUGCAGUUCUUUUGUUCCACGGAGAACAGACACGCCCUACCCCUGUUUACCUCCCUCCUCAACACCGUGUGUGCCUAUGACCCUGUGGGCUACGGGAUCCCCUACAACCACCUGCUCUUCUCCGACUACCGGGAGCCCCUGGUGGAGGAGGCUGCCCAGGUGCUCAUCGUCACCUUGGACCAUGACAGUGCCACCAGCGCCAGCCCCACCGUGGACGGCACCACCACAGGCACUGCCAUGGAUGACUCGGACCCUCCAGGACCCGAGAACCUGUUUGUGAACUACUUGUCCCGCAUACAUCGUGAAGAGGACUUCCAGUUCAUCCUCAAGGGCAUAGCCCGGCUGCUCUCCAACCCUCUGCUCCAGACCUAUUUGCCCAAUUCCACCAAGAAGAUCCAGUUCCAUCAGGAGCUGCUGGUCCUCUUCUGGAAGCUCUGUGACUUCAAUAAGAAAUUCCUCUUCUUUGUGCUGAAGAGCAGUGAUGUGCUGGACAUCCUGGUCCCCACCCUGUAUUUCCUCAAUGAUGCCCGAGCGGAUCAGUCUCGGGUGGGCCUGAUGCACAUCGGAGUCUUCAUCCUGCUGCUUCUGAGCGGGGAGCGGAACUUUGGGGUGCGGCUGAACAAGCCCUACUCAGUGCGCGUGCCCAUGGACAUCCCCGUCUUUACCGGUACCCACGCAGACCUGCUCAUUGUGGUAUUCCACAAGAUCAUCACCAGCGGUCACCAGCGGCUGCAGCCCCUCUUCGAUUGCCUGCUCACCAUCGUGGUCAACGUGUCCCCCUACCUCAAGAGUCUGUCCAUGGUAGCUGCCAAUAAGCUCCUACACCUGCUAGAGGCCUUCUCCACCACCUGGUUCCUCUUCUCUGCCGCCCAGAACCACCACCUGGUCUUCUUCCUCCUGGAAGCCUUCAACAACAUCAUCCAGUACCAGUUUGAUGGAAACUCCAACUUGGUCUACGCCAUCAUCCGAAAGCGCAGUGUCUUCCACCAGCUGGCCAACCUGCCCAGCGACCCGCCUGCCAUCCACAAGGCCUUGCAACGGCGCCGACGGACACCUGAGCCCUUGUCCCGAACUGGCUCCCAAGAGGGCGCCUCCAUGGAGGGCUCCCGGCCCGCCGCCCCCGCCGAACCUGGCACCCUCAAGACCAGCCUGGUGGCCACCCCAGGCAUCGACAAGCUGACCGAGAAGUCCCAGGUGUCAGAGGACGGCACCUUGCGUUCCCUGGAGCCCACGCCCCAGCAGAGCUCGGCCGAUGGCAGCCCCACUGCGGAGGAGCCCGGCCAGGCGUGGCGGGAGCAGCGGCGACUGUCCAGCGCGUCAGCCAGUGGGCAGUGGAGCCCAACAUCGGAGUGGGUUCUCUCGUGGAAAUCCAAGCUUCCCCUUCAGACCAUCAUGAGGCUGCUGCAGGUGCUCGUUCCUCAGGUGGAGAAGAUCUGCAUUGACAAGGGCCUGACGGAUGAGUCGGAAAUCCUGAGGUUCCUGCAGCACGGCACCCUGGUGGGGCUGCUGCCCGUGCCCCACCCCAUCCUCAUCCGCAAGUACCAGGCCAACUCGGGCACGGCCAUGUGGUUCCGCACCUACAUGUGGGGCGUCAUCUACCUGAGGAAUGUGGACCCGCCUGUCUGGUACGACACAGACGUGAAGCUGUUUGAGAUCCAGCGGGUGUGAGGAGGGCAGCCUCCCAGGGGCUGGACCCGGGGGAGGGUGGGGGCCCUGGGCCCCUGAUGCUCCCCUGACUCCCCGUUCUGGGCUUCAAAUUGCCGCAGUCAGAGCUGGGGCUGGCAGUGUGGGGGGGUCCUGGGGGGCGGGCCUGGAAGACCCCUUGUGGCGGGGAUGGUGGGACAGGAUGUGAUCAAACUCCCUUCCUCGUCCCCCCUUCCCCCCCACCGCCAGGGCUGUGGGCUCCCACCCAGGCCCUGGCCAGAGCCCCCACCUCACUCUGGCUCCCCCUCAAGACUCCUUGUCUGUGCUGCCCACCCCGAGACGCCACCAGGUCCCUGUGCCAUAAUGGGCUGCCCCACAGGGAGCUGGGAGUUGUCCCUAAAGGCACUGGGCAGGGGCAGGGAAACCUUUCCAAGCCUCCUAACCUGGAACCACCUGCCCAGGCCCGGCUUGCUGCCGGGGCCCAGAGGAGUAAGGAGAGUGUCUGGUCGCUUGAGGAGGAGACCAGGGGCUGCUGGACUGCAGCAGCCAGACGAGGGGACCUCAUGCAUUGCAGGGGUUUGGAGCGGGUGUUGAGGGUGUCCUACUAUAUUCUCUCUGGUCAAUGGAUAUGCCUGCCCCCACCCACUGCCUGGCUGACGGGGGGGUGGCAGGGGCAGGAUGUCACCCCUCUGUCCUCCAGCUCUGGCCUCUGGGCCUCCCUCACCUACUUGUGGCAGUACAAUCUUUGCUCUGUACAAUCGGCCUCUUUACACAAUAAACUGUCCUCUCCAC